AUGGCCGGCGCUGUCCUCGUGACAACAUCGUUCAUGGCUGCUGCUUCUGCUCUAGCCUCUUUGCUCGUCUUGCUGCGCUGCCUUCCAGGCUCAGCUACCACUCUUACUGUGUCAUUCAACUACUCGAGCUUCAGGAACACGACCCAGAACAUCACCCUCCAGGGCAGUGCAGCGUUCGCCGGCGGCUCCACCGGAUGGAUCGAGCUCACCACAGGCAAAAAUUUGCCAAGCGGCGGCACCAUGGGCCGAAUGGUGUACACGCCGCCGGUGCAGCUCUGGGACGCUGCCACCGGCGAGGUGGCUAGCUUCACCACCCGCUUCUCCUUCAAUAUCAGCCCGAAGAACAAGAGCAACAAGGGCGACGGGAUGGCCUUCUUCCUCGUCAGCUACCCGUCGGCGAUGCCGUACAUGGGCGACGGCGGCGCCCUCGGCCUCGGCAGCCGGAGCUACGACAGCGGGACGCCCGUCAACCGGUUCGUCGCCGUCGAGUUUGACACCUUCAACAAUUCCUUCGACCCCAGCGUCACGUAUGACCACAUUGGCAUCGACGUCAACGCGCUCCGAUCGGUGAAGACCGACUCCUUGCCCAGCUUCAUCCUCAUCGGGAACAUGACUGCCAUCGUUGAGUACAACAACAACUCAAGCAUCCUAUCGCUGAAGCUUUGGGCAAAUGGAUCAACGACGCCUUACAACCUUAGCUCCAAGGUUGAUCUCAAGAGCGCCUUGCCGGAGAAGGUCGCCGUCGGCUUCUCGGCGUCCACGGGCGCAUCUGUUGAGCAGCAUCAGCUGUGUUCUUGGUACUUCAACUUGUCGUUAGAGCAGAGGCAGCCGACGGGAGCAAGAUCAUCGCAACAACAUUCACGUGGCGGCGCAGUUGCAGCAGGAGUCGCCGUCGGUGCAGUGCUCCUCUUCGCCAUGGUAGCAGUACUCCUCGUACGACGAUGCUGGAGGAAGAAGAUGAAGGAGGCGGAGGACGUCGAUUCAGAAGGCAAUCCCAUCGUGGAGAUCGAGAUGGGGACGGGUCCAAGGCGGUUCUCAUACCACGCGCUUGUAAAUGCGACGAGCAGCUUCGCGGCAGACGAGAAGCUUGGACAAGGUGGCUUCGGCGCGGUGUACCGUGGCUAUCUGAGAGAGCUCGGCCUCGCCGUCGCCAUAAAGAGGUUCGCCAAAGAUUCCUCUAAGCAGGGGAGGAAGGAGUACAAGUCAGAGAUCAUGGUGAUAAGCCGGCUGCGUCAUCGCAAUCUGGUGCAGCUCAUCGGCUGGUGCCAUGGCCGCAACGAGCUGCUCCUCGUCUACGAGCUUGUCCCCAACCGCAGCCUCGACGUCCAUCUCCACGGCAGUGGCACCUUCCUUACAUGGCCAAUAAGGAUCAACAUUGUUCUUGGGCUUGGGUCUGCACUACUCUACCUCCAUGAGGAGUGGGAGCAAUGCGUCGUGCACCGCGACAUCAAGCCAAGCAAUGUCAUGCUGGACGAGUCCUUCAAUGCGAAGCUAGGCGACUUCGGCCUCGCGAGGCUGAUCGACCAUGCCAUUGGGAUACAAACAAUGACCCACCCCUCGGGGACGCCGGGUUACCUUGACCCCGAAUGCGUGAUCACCGGCAGAGCAAGCGCCGAGUCUGAUGUCUAUAGUUUUGGCAUCGUUCUACUGGAGGUAGCAUGUGCGAAGAGACCAGUGAGCCUAUUGGACGGCCAGGACAAUGGCCUAUUCCGGCUGGUCGAAUGGGUCUGGGACCUGUACGGCCAGGGAGCCGUUCUCGCGGCCGCCGACGAGCGUCUCAACGGCGACUACGACAAGCUCAGCAUGGAGUGUGUCAUGGCCGUCGGGCUCUGGUGUGCACACCCAGACAGAUUGGCGCGGCCGUCCAUUAGAGCAGCCAUGGCAGUUCUCCAGUCCAAUGGACCGCUGCCAAUGUUACCAGCCAAGAUGCCCGUGCCAACAUACGCGCCGCCGAUGGCCUCGUCGGAGGGGCAGCUCUCGUCGUCGACAGGAAGGUCGUCCUCAAGUUUGACACAGACGUCGAUCACACCUCGCUAGUGUUGCAGGAUUGCUAACUCAUUGGAUUUGAGUAUGUGUGUGUGGUGUGUAUAGUGAGUCAAUGUUUAUCUCGAUCAUCUAGAUUUAUGAUCAUUGAGAAAAUACUAGCAGGUACCAAAUUUUCAAUAUAAAAUUUUGGUACUUCUUGAUACCUAGCUACUAGAAGGUACUAAAUUUUACGCUAAAAUUUUAGUACCUCUCAGUUGCUCUCUAGAUUUUCAUCCAUGCAAACCACCAAGAGUU